GUGUCGCUAUUGUCAGGCAAAUGGCGACGAUAUUAUGCUAUGGGUGAAAAUUGAUUAUGAAAAUCAUCAAUAUUUGCUAUAAAAACUGUGCUUUUAAUGUUAAAAAUAAGUGCAGUGCAUAGGGUAAAUGUUGGAGAAGCAUGUUUAGUAGAAAUUGAGGCCAGCUUUUAGGUGUAAGAGUGAGAAAUCUUGAGUGAAAUCGAGGUGCUCCGCCUUUGUAUUGAUUUUUUCCACUGAGGAUUUGAGGGCAGAAUUUGGAGCGCCAUGGGCAAUUCCGAUGAUAUGCUGUCCAUGAAUAAUCUCUACGAGCAUGAUCUCCAUGAUAGUGUGGGAAAUCAGGAUUGUCCGGACAUUGCCUUUACCUAUGACGACACAGAUGGUCACAUGGCGGAAAUCGCGGAGCUGUACAGCUACACGGAGCAUCCCGAGUUCUCCCGGAACGUGAAGGCGUUCGAGGAUCAGAUGGAAGCGUACAAUCUACCGCCAAGUUGGCAGAAGCUCUCUGAGGAGCAGAAGAAGUCAAUCGUGCUGAAGCUGAUGGAUCAAUUGGAUCUCUCCACCAAGAGCGUACGGAUGAAGGCCGCCCGCUGCAUCCUGUACCUGGCACAGGGAUGUUGGGCAGAGGUGCAAUCCGACAGUGAACAGCAACAGCUGGCCAGGGUGAAUGUGAUGCUUCUGUACGAACAGGGCAUCUUUUCCAUGUUUGUUGAACUGCUGAGUCUUGAAAUUGAGAAUGCGACGACAGCGAAUGUGGCUAUGCGCAAAGUGGCAGUUUCUCUGGCGGAUUCAGUGGAUCUUCGUGUGAUUCUUUCAGUUCUUUACAUCAUCACUGAGGUUAUUCGCAAUGAAAUGAUCAACGAACAGGAGGAGUACAAAAGCAUAAUUGAAAAUUUCAAACAAGAGCUCCUAAAUCCAAUUGGAGAUGAGAUUUUGAUUGUGAAACUCUUAGUGAUGAUCACGAGAUUUUGCAGUGGAUCCGCUCCACACUUUCCCAUGAAGAAGGUCCUGCUUCUUCUCUGGAAAAUCUCGCUUGUGAGCCUCGGAGGUAUGGAGACACUAAAGAAGUUGAAAAAUGAAUACCGUGCAAAAGCGGACUUGCCGCCAAUGACCGAUGACACCCUCGAGGUGGGCAAGUCAAUGCGCGCAAGUUCUCCGCCUGCACUGGCUUCUGAUAUGAUAGACAAUCAGAAUCCAAAACGCAAUCGUCCUUUCAGACGAGUACGUACGAACGAUAUGUUGCAAGAGAGUUUGAUGAAGCAGAGCUCACUGGAUGAGCAGGAGCAGAUCAAUAUGGAAGUGGACACGCCACAGUCGGAGAGUGAGGAGGAGAUUUCGGAAUACUACAGGACCUACGAUGAUCCAACGACACUCAAUUCUGACACAAGUGGCACUGGCAAUGGCGCCGACACGAAGAUGAGCACAUCUGGGAAGCCUGAUUGGAUGUUCAGUCCGGAGCCACAGUUGCGCAUCAUCAGUCGAUUGCCGUGGACGCCAAAGGUUCGCCAGAAGGAUAUUGAUAUGUUUCUGGAUGUGUCAAGAACAAAGUUCAUUGGCUACACUUUGCCGGACGACAGAGAAACACUGGCCGGGCUGCCACAGCCGAUUCAUGAGAGUGUGAAGACAUUGAAAAAUCACAUGUACGUGAGUUUGGCGGAUGUGCAGAUCAAGAAGGAGGAGGAAAUCGCGAGGAAUCCUGUGUCGACGAGUGAAGGAGAGGUUGAAAUGACUCCUGCUGAGAUCCUCUAUCAGGCAAUUCUGCCCAAUUUGCCGCAGUGCAUGAUAGCUCUGCUGAAGAUCCUUCUGGCUGCAGCGCCGACGUCAAAGGCCAAAACUGAGAGCAUCAACAUUAUGGCCGAUGUGUUGCCGGAAACGAUGCCGAUCACCGUGACGCAGUCUACAAAGCUGGGAAUUGAUGUUAAUCGCCACAAGGAGAUAAUUGUGAAAGCGGUGUCGGCAAUUCUGUUGCUCUACUUGAAGCACCUCAAGAUCAACCAUAUUUAUCAGUUUGAAUUCAUGUCGCAACAUCUUGUGUUCGCCAAUUGCAUUCCGCUAGUGCUGAAGUUUUUCAAUCAGGAUAUCAUGGGAUAUGUGGGCUCCAAGAACACCAUUCCCAUCAUGGACUUUCCGGCGUGUGUGAUUGGCGAGCAGCCAGAAUUGAAUUCUGACAGCAUGGUGAUUGGGGAUUCGGCGCCCUAUUCGUGGCGCAAUAUCUUCUCCUGCAUCAACUUAUUGCGCAUCCUCAACAAGUUGAUCAAGUGGAAGCACUCGAGGAUUAUGAUGCUGGUUGUGUUCAAAUCAGCACCGAUACUCAAGAGAACGCUGAAGGUGCGCCAUGGACUGAUGCAGCUGUACGUGCUGAAGUUGUUGAAGAUACAGACAAAGUAUCUGGGAAGGCAGUGGCGGAAGGUGAACAUGAAGACAAUUAGUGCGAUUUACUCCAAGGUGCGCCAUCGACUCAACGACGACUGGGCAUUUGGAAAUGAUCUCGACGCUCGUCCCUGGGACUUCCAGGCGGAGGAGUGCACACUGCGGGCGUGCGUGGACAGAUUCAACAAUCGUCGCUAUCUCUCACCCAAUGCCAAUGUUGGCAAUCGCGUCGCCUCUGGACAGGGCGAGAUGAUCGAUCUUGAUGGUGUGAUUGACUUCUGCUCGAGCAGUUUGUACGGGAAUCAGGGCAGGUGUCUUCAGAAUGCUGCCACGUACAGCAUUGAGGAUGUGGAGCUGAGCGAGGAGUUCAAGGAGCACUACCACCUCUGGCUGGAGGAGGAGGUGUACAGCAUGGAGAUCAAUUGGGAUGCACUGAUGGUGAAGGUUGAGUGAAGAUGCGUCUGUCUGAUUUGUAGUGCAGAUUGCCGUCGAGCAAAUACAGAAAAGAUACUAGUGUU